AUGUUGCGACUACCUUUCAUUGUAUUACUGCCAGCUCUGCCGCUGCCGCUGCUGCUACUGCUGCUGAUGCCACUGCGUGGAGCUAAUUCGGCCACCUAUGGUGUUACUUUCGAUGAGCGUAUUUUUCAGUCCUGCUCCAGAAAUGAGGACAAAGGCAAUGUACCCAUUAGCGAUUUGGUGGACACCAGCGAAGUGACGAUUGUCCUCGAAAACGAUUACGAAACAUUUCACUUUAGUGGCGACAUCAUUAUUAAAAAGCAAUUACCCAAUGUACCCAUUAAAGUUCACGUGGAAAUAUACCACUUAGAUCGGGGUGAGUGGGUGCCAACAGUUGCUGCCCUUAAGCGUGAUGAUUUUUGCAAGUCCCUGAAGGAUCGCAUCGAGCCCUGGCACCUUUAUUACAUUAGCCAGAUACCCAAAGAUCAACGAACAUGUCCUCCACACAUUGGUCAAGUUUACAAACUAAGAAAUGUGACGAAUCGAAUGACAGUGAAGCAUAUGCCCUAUUGGAAUGUUGACGGCGAUCUAAAGGCUGUGAUGCACUUCAGUGCAGGUGACAUUAAGAUCUGUGCGGUGAUGUACUUUACAGUAACUUUGAUCUCGAAAAUAUGAAUA